UUUUUAUAAACAUUCAAGUGCAAUGAUAGUCAAUAUGUUGUGUUGAUUUAAUUAAUUUAGGAUUAUUUUAAUUUGUCUCUCUCUUUUUGUUUUGUUUAAUUGAAAUAAUUAAAAUCUCUAAUUAUGGCCUAUCUUGGUGUUAGUAAUUAUGAAAGAUUAUUAAUGAGAAAUCUAUUACCACUUAAUCCAAGACGAUGUCAGAUUUUAAAUAAUUUACUCUCACAUUAUCAUAAUCAUCAUCAUUUAAGAUCAUCAUCGAGAUUGGGUAAACUGAUUGCCCAGUGGAGGUCAUUUUGUAAUAAGCCACCGGAAGGAUUUGAGAAAUUUUUUGGUAAAUCAAAUAAGAAAACACCAACUGAGAAUCAAACCAAAGAAGCUGCUGGAGAAUCGAGUUCAGCUAAACGUAGUAGUGAGAGAAAAGAAUCUGUUUUUGAACCCUCAUCACGAGCAAAGUCUUCAUCUUCCUCAUCAUCCUCAUCUUCUCAAAAUAAAUAUACCUGGAAAUGGGAUUUUAGUUUCGGCGGUGGUAAAGGAUCAUCAGGAUCAAAUAAGACUUUACCUUAUAUCGCCUAUGGAGCUUCAGCUCUUUUGGGUUUAUUGGUUCUCAAUGAGUUGAGAUACAAAGAGAUCUCAUGGAAAGAUUUUGUCAACAAUCAUUUGGCUCGAGGAACCGUUGAAAAGUUAGAGGUAGUCAACAAGAAAUGGGUUCGAGUUAAAUUUUAUUCCGAUGCUUCUCAAGCAGAUACAACUUCCGUCCUUUGGUUUAGUAUCGGAAGUGUCGAUGCCUUUGAACGUAAUCUGGAAAAUAUCCAAGCCGAAAUGAGUAUUGAACCUUCAAAUUAUGUUCCUGUUGUUUAUAGAAAUGAAAUGGAAGUUCGAGAUUUUCUCAGUUUCCUUCCUACUAUGAUAAUCAUCGGUAGUAUGUUCUACUUUUUCUCUAAAUCUCGAAACAUGAUGGGAGGACGAAUGGGAGGUCGUGGUGGAAUCUUUGGAAUGGGAGAAUCUACGGCCAAAGUGAUUAAUCCAACGGACAUUGGUGUCAAGUUCAGAGAUGUUGCUGGUUGUGAGGAAGCAAAGAUUGAAAUCAUGGAAUUUGUCAACUUCCUUCGUAAUCCUCAACAAUACACCGAACUUGGUGCUAAGAUUCCCAAAGGCGCUUUGCUUACUGGUCCUCCAGGUACUGGUAAAACUUUAUUGGCAAAAGCGACUGCCGGUGAAGCAAAUGUCCCUUUCAUCUCGGUUAAUGGUUCAGAAUUUUUGGAAAUGUUUGUCGGUGUUGGUCCAUCUCGUGUUCGUGACAUGUUCGCCAUGGCUCGUAAAAAUGCACCUUGUAUAUUAUUCAUUGAUGAAAUUGAUGCAGUCGGUAGAAAGCGAGGAGGACGAAAUGUCGGUGGUCAUUCGGAACAAGAAAACACAUUGAAUCAACUUUUAGUCGAAAUGGAUGGUUUCAAUACGACAACUAAUGUAGUUGUACUAGCGGCAACUAAUCGUAGUGAUAUUCUUGAUAAAGCUCUUCUCCGACCAGGUCGUUUUGAUCGUCAAAUUUAUGUCUCUGCUCCAGACAUUAAAGGUCGAGCUUCCAUUUUCAAGGUUCACCUUAAACUGAAAACUGAUCUGGACAAAAAUGAUGUCGCUCGUAAACUUGCAGCACUAACACCAGGUUUCACUGGUGCCGAUAUUGCAAAUGUUUGCAACGAAGCGGCGCUUAUCGCUGCUCGAGAUCUUGGUAAGACCAUUGUUUUGAAAAACUUUGAGGCUGCAAUUGAAAGAGUUGUCGCUGGUAUGGAAAAGAAGACUCAAGUUCUUCAGCCAGAAGAAAAGAAAACAGUCGCUUAUCACGAAGCUGGACACGCGGUUGUCGGCUGGUUCCUCGAACACGCUGACCCUUUACUAAAAGUGUCGAUUAUCCCUCGUGGUAAAGGACUAGGUUACGCCAUGAAUCUUCCUCGGGAACAAUAUUUGUACACAACAGAGCAAUUGUUUGAUCGAAUGUGUAUGACUUUGGGCGGACGCGCUUCGGAGCAAAUUUUCUUCAACAAAAUAACCACCGGUGCUCAAGAUGAUCUUCAAAAAGUGACACAAAACGCUUAUGCACAGAUUGUACAAUUCGGUAUGAAUUCAAAGGUUGGAAAUUUAUCCUUCGAGAUGCCACAACCUGGUGAACUUGUAGUGGACAAACCAUACAGCGAAGCUACUUCACAGUUGAUAGAUAACGAGGCUCGAGCUUUAGUUCAAAGAGCCUACGAUAGAACAAUCAAAUUAUUAACAGAAAAGAAAGAAGAUGUUGAAAAGGUAGCACAAAGGCUUUUGGAAAGAGAGGUUCUUAAUCGCGAUGAUAUGAUCGAAAUUCUUGGUAAAAGACCGUUCAAAGAGAAGAGCACGUACGAGGAAUUCGUAGAGGGAACGGGAUCAUUUGAAGAAGACACUAGUUUACCAGAAGGAUUAAAGAUGUAAUUUUAUUAUUGUAGAACCACCAGAGAGAUAUUGAUGCUUUUCGAUUAACCUUAAAUUAAAUGUUUCAUUUUGAUUAAAAAAAAA